AUGGAAUUGAAAAGCAUCAUUAAUUUUGAUGAUGCCUUACUGGCACUACGGAAUGAAUCAUGUGACGACAUCUGCCCAUUCGUAAUUAGUACUAAUGGUAUACAAAAGUAUAAUUCUAUGAAACACAAAUUGAAUACCUAUCUUCAGGAGCCUAAUCAAAGUGAGAUACAACAACUUUUCCAAAAAUGUGACGUUUGGCAAAUGUUUCAGGAGGGUGAAAUUCUGGAAAGUGAAGCAUUAGAAGUUCUCUUACGUCUUCAUAAUUUUCAUCUAUUAGAGAAAUUUCAUUUUCAAACUAAUUCUACAAUUGUUAAAAUACUUCAAAACUUUUCGGAUACAUUUCGAGAAAACCUUAUGAUAACCAAUUAUUCUUUAAAAAGUUUGUCAUUGAAGUACUUUAAAUUCACUACAUCUUUGAGUUUGCAGCCACCAGCGCUUAAUAAAGUCAUAAGUUCAAGUGACGCCAAUGUGGAAAAUACAACUGUCACAAACAUCUCCAUUUCUUCUUUGGGAAGUACCACGAAUGAAACAGCAGGUGCACUGAUUACCAAUAGUGAAAGAAGAAACAAUGAAUUUACAAAACAAAUUGGAUUGUUUCAUCCCAAAGUCGAUAAUUGGCAUCAAAUAUAUGAAAUCAAAAACGCAAACAAUUUUAAGGUUUCAAAAUCAAGAUUAUCGAAUAUAGGAGAUAUUUAUACUGAUUUUAUCUUUGAAUUAACGUCUUCCGACGAAAGUCUUAUUCAGCAAGCUGUCUGUUUCAACUAUUUUAGAUCAGUAACUAAACUUAUAUCAUCCCUUUUUGAUAAAGCUUACGUAUUACCAGAAAUAAGGGAAGUAAUAUCAAUAAAUAGUUCAGAUUUCACAGUGAAACCUGACUUUGAACUAAAAUUCUUAAAUACUAAAAUUCCAUGUGAAGUAAAGAAAGCAAAUUUAAAUGAUAAAAUCCAAAAAUAUUACGAAUCUAAAUCAAUAACUAAGGCAUCACUUGGAUUAAUUCAAAUUUUUUCUCAAUUAGUACGCGAAGCAAUAGCAGUUGGUACUCCAUUCAUAAUAUUAACAGAUUAUAGUACCUUUGUUGCUUUUGAUUUAAUGGAUUUUCAUCUCAAUCCAGAUUUUGAAGGGGACAAUUUCUGUUUUUUAACUAGAGAACUUCAAUGUCGAAUGUUUUCUUUUGAAGAUACACCUGAAGGUUCAACUGAAAAUUCGUACUCAUUUUACACUAAAUUAUUCAUGUUUUUAAUAGAAUGUCAAUCAUCUCAAUCAUCUCAUAAAGAAAUCAUGGAGAGAUUUAUGAAAAACUCAGUCAUUCAUAAAUCCUUAAGAGAUGUUCUAAUUGAAAAAUUUUAUCAUCAUAUCAAUAACAUACAAUUGGAAACAUUAGCAUAUGAUAGAGAAAAUAAGUAUAAUUUUAAUAAUUCGGUUUUGAGUAAUGAAAUUGAUGUGUCAACCGAUAUUAGUAAAUAUUCCAUUACAUUGAAAGCUAAUUAUGAAUUCCUGAAAUUUUAUAUUGAUGCUGUUAUUCAAAUGAGUAGGUAUAAAUCAUGGCAGAGUUAUAAUAUGAGUGACUUUGCAAGAAAAUAUAAAUUUAUUUCAAUAAUUUCUGGUAGUGAAUUUAGUUCCCGAAACAGUACAACUUUUGUCGUUAGUACUAAAGCCAAAAAGAACCCUAAAAAGUUCUUUUUGAAAGUCUUAGACCCUAUCAGAAAUGCUACCUAUGUGGAGAAAAAUAGUGUAUUUCAGGCCUCGUAUAAUUCCACAUUUAAGGAUUUCUUCCAAGAAAUCGUUUCAUAUAAACGUCUAGGAAAAAUGAAAAGUGGCAUAGCCAAGUUGGAACUGUUUGGAUUUCUUAAAAAUAAUAAUAUACAUGAAUACCAUGAAAUCCUCAAAUUAUCCAAAACUCCACCAGAAGUUGCUGGUUUUUAUAUAUUAUUGGAAUAUAUUCCAGGUCUUCCUUUGAAUAAAUAUUCUGGGAAUAAAAUCGAAGUAGGGAAAAAAGCUCAAGAAACUCUUCUUAAAAUCCACCAACUCGGUUGCGUUCAUCUUGAUAUUCAUUCCCAGAAUAUAUUGAUUUAUAAAGAUAUCCCUUAUUUUGUUGAUUUUGGUAGAUCUAAAACAAGUCAAAAACGUCAGUUUUGGGAUAGGACUAAAUCUAAAAUUCAAAAAAAUGAUUUAAAGGAAAAACAAAAAGAUGACCAUGAUUUGCAAGAAGUUUUAGAAAAAUUUAAUUAUUUGGAUCCUACUAAAGAGAUUCAAAAAUCUAAUUAUUCGUUUCCUGAAAAUAAUCUUAAUAAAUCUAAGUUGAAUGAUAAAAUGCUUGAUGCACCGAAACAGAAAAAAUCAAAAUCAAAAUCAAAACCAGGCAGGGUGCAAAAAUCUAAAAGCAAUGAAAGACUUGGCUCGAUAAAACUUGGCUCGAUAAAACUUGGCUCGAAGAAGAAGUCUUUGUAA